GUCUGAUCUUAAAGAUCGGUGGCUUCUCACAUUUCAUUUUCUUUGUAAAAGAGAGAGAGGUGUGCGAUUAUGCUCUCUUUGCUGCCGUUUUGCUUCCUUGAACCAUUAAGGUCCGAGUCUAAGCUCCUUCUCUAUCAGAAGCAGACGUGUGAUAACGCUCAAAGACUCUACUUUUCAGCAUGUAAAGAAAAGCUUGAAUGCGCUAGAAGUAUGAAGUUUUUUAGCUCUGCAAUAAUAGCUGUAUAUAGAAGAAGUUUUAGCACUAAAAGCAGCAGAACCACAAAAUAUGCUCAAGAGAAUCGAAUCAAGAAGGAAACCAAUAGGAUCCCCAAGGCCACAAAAACCCACCAACCUUUAUUUGAAUGGACCCAAGAACAAAAAAAUAUUUUUUCUCAUGUUCACAGAGGUGCUUCCGUGUUUAUCACGGGCUCCGCCGGAACUGGAAAGACAGUUUUGCUUAAGCACAUUAUCGACAUUCUGAAGGAUGUUCAUGGUAAGUCUAAGGUUUUUGUCACGGCAUCCACUGGAAUUGCUGCCUGUGCACUUCAAGGGCAAACACUUCACUCCUUUGCCAACAUUGGAAUCCAGAAUGCUGAUUCUGGAACUUUGCUGGAUAAGGUUAAAAUGAAUAAGCAUGCUUGCAAAAGAUGGAAAAAGGCGAAGGCAUUGGUUAUAGAUGAAAUUAGUAUGAUCAGUGCUGAUUUGUUCGAGAGCCUGGAAUAUAUUGCUAGAGAUUUACGGGGAUCGGAGGUGGUAUGGGGUGGAAUACAGCUUAUUGUCUGUGGGGAUUUCUUUCAGCUACCACCAGUUAUCAAACAACAGAAAUUAUCAGGCAAAGAAUUUGCAUUUGAAGCUGAUUGUUGGAAUGCAAGCUUUGACCUGCAGGUUGAGCUUACUCAGGUUUUUAGGCAGUCAGACCCUCGGCUUAUCAAGAUGCUUCAGGGAAUAAGGAAAGGGGAGACUGAUGCAGAGGACUUGCAGCUUCUAGAAGAAUCUUGCUCCAUGAACAAGCAGGAUUCUUUGGUAGUCUGGCUCUAUCCGAGAAUUAAUGAUGUGGAGAAAGUAAAUGAGGAGAGAAUGAAAAGCUUGGGUGAGAGUACUGUAACUUAUGCAGCUGCUGAUAGUGGCUUCGAACAUAGGAAGAAACAACUCAACCAAGGGAUUGUACCUGACCAACUUGUACUCUGUGUAGGUGCAAGGGUAAUGUUGAUCAUGAAUUUGAAUAUUGAACGUAAUCUUUGUAAUGGUGCCACUGGUACAGUUACAGGAUUUGUUCCUGUGGAGGAUAAAAAUGCUAGAAAGUCUGACAUUCUCUUCCCACAAGUUAAAUUUGAUCGUGGACCUGAAAUCGUGAUUGAACCUCAAAAAUUCGAAAUUUUUGAGGGAGAUAUUGUAGUUGCUUGGAGAUAUCAGAUACCUUUGAUAUUAGCAUGGGCUAUCAGCAUACAUAAGUGCCAAGGGAUGACUCUUGAUCAUGCUCAAACAGAUCUCUCAAGGGCUUUUGGCUAUGGAAUGGUCUAUGUGGCACUUUCCCGAGUACGGAGCUUGGAAGGCCUUCAUUUGUCUGGUUUCACUCCAUCAAAGAUCAAGGCACACCCAAAAGUUCUGCUAUUCUAUAAAAGUUUUACUUCAUCAAACCUCUCUCAUACUGAAUUCUCAUUAACACGCCGAGUUAGGAAAUAAAAGUUUCAUUUCUUUGAUAGUUGUAAUGCAAGUUAAAAUUUAACAAACACGUCUGAUUUUCCAAAGCACAAACUUAGCCUAGCCUUCAAGAAGUCAUUUGUGGAAGUUCAUACUUUCCUUCUACAUUUCUCCUUGACUGGUUGUUGUCACUAAAUGUCUCCAGGCGUAGUGUGCAGGAGGGUAAAAGAUUCUGUAACAUUUGCAAUGCAAGUUCAGAGCAAAAGACAAGACCCUUCUUCAUGUUCAGUUCUGCACUCUAACUGCCUGUGUUUUUGUUUCAUGUGAAAGUUUUUAUGCACAUGGGUGUAUGGAUGAAACAUAUUUGUGCAUGUAAAACAUAGUAAGAGCUCAACAAAUCAGGUAAGGAUAUAUGCUACUUAUAGUGGAUGUUCAGUCAUGAACUCCUGUAGUAUCUAUUUUAUGUCUUCUCUUGUUCUCAUUCAACAACUGUUUGAAAUGAAACUUUGGUAAUGGCUUUGUUGCGAAAAUUGCGAAAACAGUAAGAGCUGUUUCUGUACAGUGUUCAAGCAUUGUUGUAGGAAUGAAACAAAUAGCAAAGAGGAUACUAGUUGGUACGAAAUUAGCAAAGAAGAUAUAGAUUUCUCUGUAUUUAGACCAUUACGGUGGAUCCCUGCUGGAUUUAUGUAUGUAUUUUUUUUCUAAGUUUCUGUUUAACUGCACAUUGGUGAAUGGUUAUGAGAAAUUCACUAUUUAACUUGGAGCUCUAAACCUGUCUUUCAUUAAUCAAAUAGUACCAGGCUUUGGUAAGCUGAAAUGUUGCCAUGAAGUACAUGUUCUUGUGUGCAUAAAACCUACCAGUGUUUAUACGUUACUGACCAUUUUGUUUUGCCACCUUGCAGUUGUAAGUCAUCAUUGCUGGUAAAUCACUAUGCUCUUCGUAGAAAAUUUAAAAAAGGUAUAAUGAAGGUGCUCUUCUUGGACAGAAUUUUGGUUUUGUAACUUCUCUAUUGAAGAUUGCAUUUAUCUACUGUUAGUAUUGGUAACUCCCACACUGCUUGAAAAAAGCAAUUAAAAGGAAAAGAAAAUGAGGUAAUCUGCUGUCCUUUUUUCAUUUCUUAUUCUCUAAUCCUGUUCCAUCCUCAUCAUCACAUGUUCAAGAAAAUUUCUUUGUGCGGUUUAAGCAGAAAACGAGAUUGCGUGUAACAGAGCAAAGAGGAGAAUUGAGCACAAGAAUCCAACACUCUCUUCUUUUUCUUGUCUAGAUCCCACCCAAAAAUACCACAUCUUUCCAACAAUUUCACUAACAUUAAAACUAUCAAUUUAAUUCUUCAAUGCCUCUGUCCUUGCAGCCGCCGCCGCCAUCUUCCAAAUACCAAUUUCUACGAAGAUGGAACAAUUUGUUAGAAUAAUUUGGUUGAUUUGAAAACCCUGGACUCCCCCAAAAAUUAACCACCCUUGUUUCAUGUCCACAUGCACACAGUCUGAGCAAGCAAAAAGAGCUGCUGAGAAUGCAACACAAAGUGCAACAGAUGAAACAAGGCCAGAACCAAGUGGAAGUUCAGAAGUGACGACUAUGGUGGCAGGUUUAAAUCUGAGAUGGGUCAACAUUAAAAGGUACAACAUACCCUAUGGAUUUUUGCCUCUAGAAUAAUUGAAAACCCAGAUGAGUCUCCACCUCAUGCGUAAGAAUUGUCAAUGCCUUGAAAAAAUACGUCGCCAAGGAGUUGAAUUGAGAGAGAAGAAAUUGAAGGAAAGGUUUAGAGAGAUUUUGUUGGAGGAAAAGAAAGUUAAAGACAGGUGCGUGGACGUUGAAUUGAUAGAGAGAAAUGAUGUAAAGAGCUUCAAUACCCAAGUAAAAAAAGAGUAGAGGGAUAACAAUACUUUUGUGGAUUAUUUGGCUGAAGCGAGUAUUUGUUUUAGGGUGAAAAUGGCGAAAGGCAUUGCAAAUUUUCUUGAAUGAACGGUGGAGAGAUCAUGAUCCGAUGGGAAUUUAAUAUGGUUUUUUUUUUGUUUUUAGUUGUUGUUAGUGAUUUGGUUUAAAUGAGUAAAAGAAUGGCAAUUAAGUUGUUCUCCA